AUGAUGGCAUCACGUCCCGUAUCAGCCGUCUCGUCGGUCCUUAGGACGGCUUCUCGCAGUGGUGUCGCUUCUUCAUGGCAGCAACUUCCUCGUCACCUCGCUGCCCGUGCUGCGCAAGACUCGCUGAGCGUCAGCAGCAUGCGACAACUUCACUCCACCUCUAUGCGUGCCGCUGAUGCCAAGAGCGAAGCUAUGAGCUCUCCGACGACUCCUCUCACCGACUCGCACUCCAAGACGGGCUUGUACAAUUUUCAUGUCAAGAACGGCGGCAAGAUGGUACCUUUCGGCGGCUAUCUCAUGCCUCUCACCUACGGCGAAGUUGGUCAAGUAGCAUCGCACCACCAUGUCCGAACUCACGCAGGCCUCUUCGAUGUGGGUCACAUGGUUCAGCACAGAUUCAAGGGCCCUGGAGCGCUCAAGUUCCUUCAGCACCUUACACCGGCUUCGCUCACUUCUAUGCCCGCUUUCAGCUCGACGCUCUCGGUCCUCCUCUCCGAGCAAGGUGGGAUUCUGGAUGACUUGAUCAUCACCAAGCACUCUGACGGCAGCUUCUACGUGGUCACCAACGCAGGUUGCCGUACAGAGGAUCUGGCCUGGUUCAAGAAGCACCUCGAUGCGUGGAAGGGCGACCAGGUGCAUCACGAAGUCAUGGACGGUUGGGGACUGCUCGCUCUUCAGGGUCCCACCGCUGCCAAGGUGCUCGAGAAGCUGGCGGGUAGCUUUGACCUCAACACACUCACCUUCGGCAAGAGCGCAUUUGUGCCCCUAAACAUCAAUAGCCAGCAGGUCGAAUGCCACGUCGCUCGAGCCGGUUACACAGGUGAGGAUGGGUUCGAAAUCUCGAUUCCUCCCGCAUCGACAGAGCAGGUUGCCGAAGCAUUGUUGGCAGACGGUGAGGUACAGCUUGCCGGAUUGGCAGCACGAGACAGCUUGCGUCUCGAAGCUGGUAUGUGUCUCUACGGACACGAUCUGGAUGCAACGGUCAGCCCGAUUGAGGCCGCGCUCGCAUGGUGUGUUGGCAAGGAUCGACGAGCGGACGCUGACUUCUUGGGAGCAGAGCGUGUGCUCAAGGAGCUCAGGGAGGGACCACCCCGUCGACGUGUUGGUCUCUUUGUCGAAGGAGGCAUUGCUCGAGAGGGUGCCGAGAUCUUCUCGCCUGAAGGCAAGGUGGUCGGUCGUGUCACAUCCGGUAUCCCAAGCCCAACGCUCGGCAAGAACAUCGCGAUGGCAUUGGUGGAGAAUGGUCAGCACAAGAAAGGCACCAAGCUCAAGGUCGAGAUCCGAAAGAAGCUGCGUGAUGCCCAAGUGGCCAAGAUGCCGUUUGUCGAGAACAAGUUCUUCCGAGGUUAA